AUGCCUGUCUCCAUCUCAAAGAGACGACCAAGAACAUCCAAGAAAACCGAAACAGAAAAACCUGAAAAUUCACUAGAGAAUCCUCGUUCAUGCUGUAAUAACAUUUGUUCGAUCUUCUCAAGAUCAGUUCUUUAUCGUUUUCCUCUCACGUUUCUCUUCCUCUUCUUGAUUUAUCUUUGGUCAACUUCCACGACUGUUAUCUCUGGCAACGUCGUUCAUAUUUGCAUCUCUUCCCGGAAGCUCAACGAGCUCUAUUGUCUCACAGCCGGUUCUCAGCCUGCUUUACAUGUACCGGUCAACAACUUCACUAAACCGGUUAGUGAAAAUGUGAUAAGAAGUGAAGAAGAGAAGAGCGUUGUUGUUCUUGGUAAAGAUGGAGACAAGGGCUUUGCAAAAAAUGAAACUUUCUCCGGAGAAAGAGAUUCAAACAAAGCAAGCUUCCACGUCAUAGACAAUGGAACUUCCAUGGGAGAAAGAGUAUCCGUUCUUGCUCAGGACUCUAAACCCAUCAAUGAGGAGAAUCUUGAUCAACAUUCAGAAGCCAAGAACGAUUUCGAUCUUGAUCUCCACACUGAUUGGGAUUCAGAAACCGGAGAAGAACGAUAUCGAUACAUCAAUCCGAAGGAUGAAGACGAGGAGACUGCUCUAAAGGCCGUGAACAAGUAUCUUCAAAUACAAAGAUCUUGGCUAUCAAUGGGAAACAACCAAGAAAAUCCAGGAUCUUGCAAAGGAAGAGAGAUUUACGUUUACGAUUUACCAUCUAAAUUCAACAAAGAUUUGUUGGGAGAAUGCUCAGAUAUGGUUCCAUGGGCUAACUUUUGCAGCUUCUUCAAGAACGAUGCACUUGGUGAAUCGAUUGAUAGUCUUGGUAAAGGCAUGUAUAGAACGCAUCAGUAUUCUCUUGAGCCGAUAUUUCAUUCUCGUGUCUUGAAGCAUCCAUGUAGGGUUUAUGACGAGAACCAAGCCAAGCUCUUCUAUGUGCCUUUCUAUGGCGGCAUCGAUGUUUUGAGAUGGCAUUUCAAGAACGUUUCUGAGGAUGUGAAGGAUGUUUUGGCGAUCGAGGUUGUUAAAUGGCUCGGAUCAAAACUUUCUUGGAAAAGAAACUCCGGGAAAGAUCACGUUUUCGUUCUUGGCAAGAUCUCUUGGGAUUUUAGAAGGAAGAACAAGGUUUCUUGGGGAUCAAGUUUACUUGAGAUGGAAGAAAUGAAAAACCCUACGAAGCUUCUCAUCGAACGUAAUCCAUGGGAAGUCAACGACGUCGCUAUACCUCAUCCAACGUUCUUCCACCCGAAAACCGACGACGAUAUCUCCAGCUGGCAGAACAAGAUCAUCGUGAAACCCCGCCGGAGCCUAAUCAGCUUCGCCGGUGGAGCAAGGCCCGGUAAUCCUGAUAGUAUCCGGUCAACAUUGAUUGACCAAUGCAGAUCAUCUCCCGACCAGUGCCGGUUCAUGAACUGUACCAGUGGAAUCUGUGAUAAACCGGAAUCGGUUAUCGAGCUUUUUCAAGAUUCGGAGUUUUGUCUUCAGCCACCUGGAGACAGUCCUACGAGGAAAUCGAUUUUUGAUUCCCUCGUAUCAGGUUGCAUUCCGGUUAUCUUUGAUCCGUACAGUGCGUAUUAUCAGUACACGUGGCAUUUACCGGAGGAUCACCGGGCAUACUCGGUGUAUAUAAACAAGGAAGAUUUGAAGGGAAAGAAAGUGAAUGUGAUUGAGAAACUCAUGUCAAAGACUCUAAGGGAAAGAGAGGAUAUGAGGAGUUACAUUGUGCAUGAGCUCUUGCCUGGUUUGGUCUAUGGAGAUUCUAAUGCUAAGUUUGAGAGGUUUCGAGAUGCUUGUGAUAUUACUAUGGAUAGUUUACUCCAUAAGAUCUCAAAAACUUUGUAA